AUGACAACACCGGCCACUGCAGCUUCCUCUUCAUCCAAUGACACCGCUCUUGCAGUAGUAGCAGCCUCGCAACCCGCUGAUACGGACCCUUUGACCGACCAUGACGACUUCGAGGGCGCCAAAACCGUCGCUGUGCCGCGUUGCAGCACGUGGUUCGCCAUGGACAAGAUCAACCCCAUCGAGAAGCGCAUGCUACCCGAGUUCUUCGCCGAAAAUGCCUCAAAGACGGCUGAGAUCUACCUCAAAUACCGCAACUACAUGGUGCACGCCUAUCGUCAACAACCAGGCGUGUACUUGACAGCGACAGCGUGUCGUCGCAACUUGGCAGGCGACGCUUGUUCCAUCCUAAGGGUACACGAGUUCCUGACCCACUGGGGGCUCAUAAACUUCCACGUACCGCCUCAUGCCAUGCCUCCAUCCAUUCACUCGAACUACGCUCUAAAAACCGCUCAAACCACUGCCACUAGUGCAGAACUGGGGCCUGUAGCCAUGCUCGUAGCAGCCAAGAAGGAGAACACUCGACGCUUGGACGUCCCAUUGGCUUGCGAGGCUUGUGGCACUGCUAGAGGGCCGGAAGAUUCGUUCUUCGAGCUUACUAGUGAAGCCAAGAAGAAGUUCACGAGCAACGGAGCUUCAAGUGCCAACACUGCGACGCCUAUGGCCACUGGAAGUAACGGGAAAGGAGGCGAAGGCAAGGAGCUCUCCGUCGGGGGCUUCGCCUUGAGACCAGGCAGUGGCAUCUGCGAGGAAUGCUACAUCCGAGGAGCUUUCCCGGAGGGAUACGACACGUCGGACUUUGUGCUGAUGCCUACGGUAGCCAAGCGUCUCUCAGCUGCUUCGAAGUGGACACAAGAGGAGACGGACCUGCUACUGGACGCUGUGAGUUGCACCAGAGCGAACAACGUCAAGAGUGCGGGGAACGAGGACGAAGGAAGCUGCGACUGGAACUUUGUCGCCUCCAGAGUCGCCACCAAGACGGCAGACGAGUGUUUGCUGCACUUCUUGGAGAUGCCGAUGCUUAACCAGAGUCGACCACUUGGGAACUCUAUGCAGUCAUCAUUGGGGUCCUUUACGGCCGGAGAGGCGCUGAAUGCGCCCGUGUUGGACUUGGCAGCGCUAGUGGACCAAGUGGACCCGUCGGUAGCCAAAGCUGCGGCUUAUGCUGCUCUUGGAGCCAUCAGAAGGCUGCAUACGAUGCCAGCUGUAAAGACUAGUGCUACAACAACCGCUAUAAAGGUUGAGACGUCUCUUGAAGCUGCUGCGGAUGCUGUAGCCAGCAGUGCCGAAGCUGCGGGAAUUGCGUCGAAUAUCAAGGCAGAAGACGGCGAUGUGGCUAUGGAGGAGGUGUCCGCUUUGACUACUGCGACCGACUCGGCUUUAGAGAGCAAGAAAGACGACACUACCGUGUCGAAGGAGAUGAUUGCAGUCACUGAAGAAGCCGCCAAUGCGACGACAGUGGCGUUGUUGGCUACACGAGCGCAGCAGACGGCGGACGACACUGCCAACGGCCCUGUGCGCGAGCUCGUGAACCAAUUGCUGGAGAACCAGCUGCGACAAAUGGAGCUGGAGAUGCAACAGCUCAGUGUCUUGGAGCAAAGUAUUGUCGCGGAGAAAGAGCAGCUAGCUAGGGAGAAGUACCAGCUCUAUGUGGACCGACUGGCCUUCUCCCAGGAGAAGCUGAAAGGUCGAUCGUAG